AUGUCGACCGAGGAUUCCACCAAGGAGAAAAAGUUUCCAUGCGAUCAAUGUCGGCGGCGCAAGGUCAGGUGCAAUUAUGCUAAGCCAUGCGAUCGAUGCAAGAGUCAUAACCUACCGUGCGCGUUUGAGUCCAUCAGAAAACGACGAGGUCCGCGGCCAGGAACAGGCAGGGUUAUCAAUGAGUUACGAGACUCGUCUCUGUCGCAGACGACAGAAUCAGCACCACUUCACAAUUCGGAUACGUCUCAAAUAGACAACACCGAGCAAAUAUUUGGGAGCCAUCAAUCUACCACCGCAGCUGGUCCAAAUCAUGUCGCUGGCACAGAUCACAUAUCUACCGGUAUACCAGAACAAAUUCGGACUUUACAUGCAGGACUAAAUUCUCAUGAUAAUCAAUCAUCGCCACAAAGCUUUAUCGAUGAUGCAUAUUUCACAUUCAAUGACUUUGCUCAGAACGUGCUGUCAUCAACGCUUCCGCUACAAGGUCAGAGAUUGACAGGAGAUUCUUCCCUAUCCUCAAUCUGGAGCCGACUCGAAGAUGCAGCUGUUGUUGAUCACGAGAUGUUCUCCACUGGCACAAGCUGGUACGAGAUCGAGCAUGGUGUCAACCUCUUUUUCGACAAGAUGUAUGCUGUAUAUCCAGUCGUGGACGAGGGGUACCUGCGAUCACUUUUGGACAAUCGUCAAUCUCUACAGGGGUCUGAGCAAAGGCUUUUAUGGUCCAUAUGUGCCCUCACCUUGAUGGCCGUGGAUGCCUGGCCCACAAUGACUCUGGACAAGAGGACCCUUGCUGCCCGAGGGUACAUUCGACAGUGUCUUCAAGAUCGGAUAUCCUCGUCUUAUAUCGAGAAUGCUUCAGUUGAAGAUGUUUUGACCUCGCUCUUCAUUGCGGUCACAUACUUCGAUCUCAAGUGUCGCAAGAACUCCUGGUUCUAUGUCAGGGAAGCUAUCACCUUAGCUCAGGCAGCAGGUAUGGAUACCGUUGGGGGAGACCUGAUGUUGCAGCCAUCCGAGAGACUCCGCAGACAACGCAUAUAUGCACUGUUAUAUGUUAGUGAACGCGGUGCUUUCAUACAUGAUACACUUCCUGUCAGUAUACUUUCCGCACCAGAAUUGCUCUGCGAUACACUGCCAGGCGAGGAUCCUUCAAUCUCAACUGGUCUAAGCAUGUUAUUCCAACUAUUCUCCUUGCUUGACCUGAAUUAUAUCCAGGCUAGAAGCAAGCUUUCUCUGUCUGGAGGUACCGACAGAGAGUACGUUGAGCUUGCUAUGUUGCAGGACCAGCUUUGUCGUGUUCUGGAGCUAGCCAACGUAUCUGAAACACAACGAGCCGACGUCCUGAUCACGCAGCAGUGGCUCCGACUCAUGGUCUGGCAGACUGCUCUCAGGCUCGGGCUGGUUUCUUCAGCGUCUAUGAAUCCCUCGUACUCUUACGACUAUCCUAUACAAAUUGCCUCUUCACUACAUGAAGUUUUGAAGACGCUUUCCUCAAGUGCCAUUGAGGUACACGGGCUGGGUAUUUUCGAAAAGCAAUUCGAGAUUGCCUACUCCCUGCUCGACGCGUUGACACUCUCUGACGGUACCCAGUCGCCUCAACACCACGAGACGCUCCGAUCGCUUUUAGAGUCUCUGUCUGCCUCACCAAAAUCACGAGAUGUCUAUGUCCGCAUCCUUCAAAACAAGAUGGGACAGGACAGUUCGCGCAAGAACGAUCGAUACAUUCAUUUGGCUAAUGUACAACUUCUGGUUGAUGAUCGCUUGAAUCAGCGUGAUUCUCGGUAA